AUGCAAUUAGCUAAAAGUAAUUGAGUUAUAAUAAGUUUCCACAGUUCAUCCGGAUGCAAUCGAAAAAGAGAAAAUCAAUCCUUAUUCAAACCAGGGAAGCGAAUAAUAAAGAUAUCCGAGGGAGUAGUUAGUUGAAAAUGAAAAAAACUUGAAUUUAGGAGGAUCUUAUCAAAAUUAUAUCUAUAAUUGUGGAGAAUGUUGUGGAAAUUGCUCAGCAAUUUGUCCAUGCAAUCCCUUUGUAGAAUAUCCAUACAAAAAGAUAGAACAAGGUUAUGUAGGAGUGUACUUAAGAUUCGGAAAGUAUGUGAAAACAAGUAUUGGAAUAGAACAUAUCUUAGUGCCUCCAGGUUUAUAGUAUUUUAAUCCAUGCACUGAUAAAUUGAUCAAAAUUGAUUGUAGAACUUAGAUGAUAGACUGUGAGAAACAAUAGGUGAUUACAAAAGACAACAUCCUCUUAUAAGUGGAUGCAUCUGUAUAUUACAGAGUAUUGGAACCAAAGAAGGCUAUAUUUUAUAUUUAUGAUAUGCAAAUGGCUGUUGCUUAAAUCACAUUGGCAUCAAUAAAAUGUGUAAUUGGUGCAUAUACCUUACAGGAUGUAUUGGAAAAAAGAACUGAAAUUUAAGAUUAUAUUUAACAGUUUGUUGAUGAUCAUGUAGAUGAUUGGGGAAUAGAUAUUGAAUUAAUGAUGAUUAAAGAUAUUUAAAUAGAUGAUAGAAUUAAAUCUGCAUUAGCAUAAGCAGCAACUGAACUUAGGUAUGGACAUUCCUUAAAUUUCAAGGGCUGCAUAAGCCAAAAUUUUAAUCGCUGAAUCUAAUGUUUAGUCUGCCAAAUUGAUGAAAGAAGCUGCUGAACUCCUAAGUGCUAAAGCAGCUAUGCAAAUUAGAUACUUAGAUGUUAUUAAUAAAAUAGGUUGUGAACAACAGACAAAAGUUAUGAUAAUAUGA